AUGAAGGUCCUCGUAAUUGGUGCGUCUGGCUUCAUCGGCCUCCCCGUCGCACAGGCCUUUGUCCGUGCAGGACACGAAGUGUACGGCGUCACUCGCUCACCAGCCAAAGCGAAGGAGCUCGCAGUUGAAGAGAUUAUCCCCAUCGUCGCAGAGACCACCGAUCCGUCCCCUUGGGUCCCCCUCGUCGCUACACUCGACCUCAUCAUCGACGCCGUCGGGGGCGCCGACGUCCGCACGCUCCAGCCCGCGCUCUUCAGCGCGACCGUCGCCGCGGCGCAGCAGCACCGCCCCGCCGGCGCUCCAAAGCUCGCGUACAUCUGCACCUCCGGCACCUGGGUGCACGGCGAGAGCCGCACCGACAUCGUCACGGACACGACGCCCAUCUCGCGCCCCGUCGCCAUCUCUGCGUGGCGCCCGCCGUUCGAGCAGGCGAUCACCGCGAGCAGCGCGCUCGACGUCGUCGUCAUCCGCCCCUCGCUCGUGUACGGCCGCUCGGGCUCGAUCCUCGCGCGCCUCUUCCGCUCCGCGCACCAGGGCCGCGUGCGGUGGUUCGGCACGCCCGGCGGGCGGUACUCGGUCGUGCACACGGACGACCUCGCGGCGCUGUACGUCCUCGUCGGGGAGAAGGUGUCCCUCCUCGCGGGCAAGAUCUUCGACGCCGCGAACGACGCGACGGAGAGCGUGGACGACCUCCUCCAGAAGCUCGUCCUCGUGUCCCGCGCGCAGGGCUACGACUACGUCCAGGCGACAAACGCGUUCGAUGAGGCGAUCACUACCACGACUUUGAUCCGCCCGUAUCUCGGCCGCGCGCUGGUCGGCUGGCAGCCGCGCAAGGCGGGCUUGGUCGAUCAGCUCGAGGUAUACUAUAACUCGUGGAAGGCGAGUGAAGCGCUGCCGUCCCGUAGAGAGUAUCCGCACGGACGUGUUGAGAUCCUCGCUCUGAGGACGCUCCCCGCGUCGAAGAGCUGCCGUGUAUAA